AUGGCUUCUUCAAUAGUGCGACGCUCGGGUCGCCUUGAAGCGCUUCGUUACUCUUUCCGGCUGACCUCUCCCCGGCGACACUUUUCCUCGUCGACGGUUCGACUUGGCCCGAGAUCUCCGGAUGCGCCAUUCCGGAUGGCUGUCGUGGGCUCUGGCCCGGCCGGAUUCUAUACCGCCUAUCGAGUGAUGGGGAAAGUCCCAGGAGUGAAAGUAGACAUGUAUGAGAGUCUUCCAGUUCCCUUCGGAUUAGUUCGCCAUGGUGUUGCUCCCGACCACCCCGAGGUCAAGAAUUGUCAGGACAAGUUUGAUGAGAUUGCAUCGCAACCUAACUUCUCUUUUAUCGGGAAUGUCUCCGUUGGUAUUCCUGGCCAUUCUUCUGAGCACUGCACGGUAGAGCUUCAAAACUUGAUGAGACACUAUGAUGCUGUUCUCUUCGCUUAUGGCGCAUCUGAGGACAAGAAACUGGGAAUCCCUGGCGAAUCUACCCUCAGCAAUAUCCACUCAGCACGAGAGGUUGUGGGAUGGUACAAUGGCUUGCCUGGAUGCUCUGAUCUGAAUAUAGAUUUAACACAAGCUGAGGAAGCUGUCGUCAUCGGCCAGGGAAAUGUUGCGCUUGAUGUCGCAAGAAUGCUCUUGGAGGACGUUGAUGUUCUGAGGAAGACAGACAUUACAGAAAAAGCACUAGAAACGUUAUCUCAGAGUCGGAUCAAGAGAGUUCAUGUCGUUGGGAGAAGGGGGCCAAUGCAGGCUUCAUUCACCAUCAAGGAGGUACGAGAACUAAUGAACCUCAAAGAAGUUGCAUUCUCGCCUCUGAAUCGGUCAUUGAUCCCCGAGAAUAUCAAGACCUUACCACGUGCCUCAAAGAGACUGAUGGAAGUGCUAGUCAAGGGUUCAUCAACCCUUCAUGACACUGCUUCUAAAACAUGGUCUCUCGAUAGCUGUCUUUCACCGAAACAUUUCCUCGGAAACCAGAACGACCCAUCCAAAGUCGCGAGCACCGAGUUUGACAUCACGGAACUCGAAUCACCCUUUGAUCCGAAGUCGUCAGUCAAAGCCACAGGGGAGACUACACUAUUGGCGUCUGAUGUCGUAUUCCGCUCCGUAGGAUACAAGUCGAUCGCUCUGCCUGGGUUUUCUGAGAUUGGCAUCCAAUUUGAUGACCGACGAGGAAUUGUUGACAACGAUGGCCUCGGUAGAGUGACAAGGAUGGUUUCAGACGCGCAUGCUGGAGGCGCCCACAACGAGAAAGUCCCCGGAGUCUACUGCGCCGGCUGGGUCAAGAAUGGUCCUACUGGGGUUAUUGCAUCGACAAUGCAAGAUGCAUUCACCACAGGCGACGCAAUUGUCCAUGACUGGCUCUCAGGGGGCCAUUUUCUCAAUACCUCGGGUAAUCGCGAUGUGACUGGAUGGGAGGGCUUGCGACAGGACGCUGGACCAACAGCAUGUCGAGCUAUUGAGUGGGAUGAUUGGCGAAAGAUUGACCGCGCCGAGAGAGAGCGUGGGCAAAAGAUCGGGAAAGAGAGGGAAAAGUUCACAAGAACAGAGGACAUGCUAGCAGUUCUCGACUAA